UGGGUGGUGGGUGGUGCGGACGCCAGGGAGCGAGGCGGCGGGGACUGGAGAAGGAGGUGGAAGCGCGACCCGGGAGCGGCGGAGGAGGAAUCAUCGACGGAUUUGGGCUCUCGUUGAGAUUAUCCAGAGAUCGACGUUAGACUGUCAAGAAUCGCGAUCGGCAGCGGAAAGCCCCCCCGGGCCCUGCUUCACUGGCUCAGUCCGGCAGCAGCGGCUGAGGUUGUGCAACUGGCGAGUGAAGACUGGCCGUUGAUGUCGAGUCGUGAACAUGGCGCUGUGCCCCUGCACCUUAACGCACACGGAGAUUGAACUCGACGGAAUCCAUUCGUCAGCGGGGCCAGGUCUCCGAGUGCACCUGUACUGGUCGAAUGAAGGCACGCAAGAUCUUGUCUUCACAGAUGUGGACAUGGUUGCAGAGGACGUGUGCAUUGUUGCCGCAGAGAAAUGCUCAAUUUCCCCACUGUGUCAUAGUCUGUACGCUCUAUGUGACCUCAAAGAAAAUCAUUGGUACCCCCCAAAUCACAUCUUCAAGAUCAACAAGGACCUUUGUCUGACCCUACAUUAUCGCAUGAGGUUUUAUUUCAAGAAUUGGCAUUGCAUGACUGAAAAAGAACCGAGGGUGCAUCGAUGGUCUCCAAGGAAGAGCGAUCCUGAAAAACCUGACCAGGGCAGCCCUCUGUUCGAUCCAAUGUCCCUGAAUUACAUCUAUGCACAGGGUAAAUACGACUUCAUAAACGGCAUCGCGCCGCUCCGGGAAUCGCUGAAAGAGCAGGACAUGCACCUCUUCCAGAACGAGAGUCUGGGAAUGGCUGUUCUUCACCUUUCCUACAUCGCAGUGCAGAGCAGCCGCUCGCUUGGGGACGUGGCGAAAGAAAUCAGUUUUAAGGAGUGCAUCCCAAAGGCGUUCCGGAUAAAAAUUGAGAAAAGCAAUCCCCUGACUAGGAUCCGCCUAAAACGAGGUUUUCGGAAAUUUGUGCGGGGUUUCCAGCUGCCUACCACAGGUUCCGGAAAGAUGAUCCAGCACGAUAUUGUAUUCAAGUACCUCUCCACCUUGGAGAACCUCUGCAGCAACUUUGGAGGCGAGAUCUUCCAGGCUCUGUAUUUGGAGGUUCAGCCAGAAGGCAACAGGACUCCUUACAUUAACGGCCGGUGUUAUGUGAAGACCACAGAGGCCCUUAUCUACCCCACACAGAGUACCCAGGAGUGUGAAGUGUUGGUGACUGGCACUGAGGGCAUACAGUGGAGAACAAUGAAGAAGGAGCCUCCACCCAUCAAAAAGACAGGAUGGAAGGGAAAGCCUGGAGACCACGGGAAUAACAAAGUAAAUGAAGCAAUGGAGUUCACUGAGAAGCCAUGGAUAUAUUUCUGUGAUUUUAAGGAGAUUACGCAUAUUGGCAUCUCUGAAUGUAGAGUCAGCGUUCAUCGACAGGAUAAUAAGUGUCUGGACCUGGUGCUGACCUGUCAUAACAUUGCACUUUCCUUUGCAUCGCUGAUUGAUGGCUACUCUCGCCUGACGACCGACUCACACCAUUACCUGUGUCAUGAGGUGGCUCCUCCACGGGUUGUCCUGAGCAUCACCAGCGGCAUCCAUGGGCCAAUGCAACCGCACUAUGUCACCAACAAGCUGCGGAGAGAGGAGAACAAGGAUGGGCUUUAUGUGCUGCGGUGGAGUGCGUUAGACUUCAACAAGAUCAUCAUGACGGUUGUGAGCAAGGAGAAACCUGAGUAUGAAGUGUUUCGAGCUGCUGGAGGACUUCAGGGCAUCAAGCAGUUUCAGAUUGAGAGGAAGGCUUCAGAUGCAUUUGUGCUGCAGGGCUGGGAGCGAUCCUUCCCCAGUGUUAAGGAGCUGCUCGGGAGCUUGAAGGGCUGCAUGCUAAAAUCGGGGAAGGAAAGCUAUGUGGUCCACAAAUGUUGCCCCCCUCUGCCACAUGAAUUCUCCAAUUUAUUGAUAACAAGAAACACCAAAGAUGCCGAAAUUCGACCUCUUACAGCCCAGUUAAAUCUGAGCCAGCUCAGCUUCCACCAGAUACGGAAGGAGGAAAUAAUUCAGGAGCAUCAUUUGGGACGAGGAACCAGGAUGAAUAUCUACGUUGGUAGAUUUUGUAUCCAAGAGGAGGAGGAGGAUGACGAGGAGGAGGAGGAAGAGAUGAACUCCAGUGGACAGAGGCACAGUGAAGCAAGGGAUAUUCGUGUGGUGCUGAAAGUGCUGGAUCCCAGUCACAGGGACAUUGCGCUGGCAUUCUUCGAGCUGGCAAGUCUGAUGAGUCAGAUUUCACACGCUCACUUGGCCUUUGUUCAUGGAGUCUGUGUGCGAGGCUCAGAAAAUAUAAUUGUGGAAGAAUAUGUGGAAUUCGGACCACUGGACGUCAUGUUGCGGAAGGAGAAAGGGAAGAUGAGCCCUGGGUGGAGUCUGACAGUCAUUCAGCAGCUUGCAAGUGCACUCAGCUAUCUGGAGGAUAAAAACAUGGUGCACGGUAACAUUUGCUGCAAGAAUGUCCUUGUUGCCAGGAAAGGACUGGAGGAGGGCAGCAGCCCUUUCAUCAAAGUCAGCGACCCGGGCAUCAGCUUCACUGUGCUCUCUCGAGAAGAGCGUGUGGAGCGAAUUCCAUGGAUCGCCCCAGAAUGUGUCCAGACCGUUAACAAAUUAAGCCUGGGUGCCGACAAGUGGAGCUUUGGAACAACAGUGCUGGAGAUCUGCUGCAAUGGAGAUGUUCCACUGAAGGAACGAACUCUGUCAGAGAAAGAGAGGUUUUAUGAGAUAAAGGGACAGCUUCCAGAGCCAUCCUGCAAGGAGCUUGCAGACCUGAACAGCCUGUGCCACAGCUAUGAGCCAAACCAGCGGCCGUCUUUCAGGACCAUAUUACGCGAGCUCACACUGCUGCAGCAACAGAAUCCAGAUAUUUCGUGUGAAAACUCGGUGCCAACGGUCUGCGACCCAACCGUCUUCCAGAAACGCUACCUGAAGAAAGUCCGAGAUCUGGGAGAGGGCCAUUUUGGUAAGGUGGGUCUGUAUAUCUAUGACCCAUUCAACGAUGGCACGGGGGAAAUGGUGGCAGUGAAAUCACUGAAGUCGGACUACAGCGAGGAACUCCACACGAACUGGACCCGAGAGAUCGAGAUUUUGAAAACUCUCUACCACGACAACAUCGUCAAGUACAAAGGAAGCAGCAGUGAGCAAGGAGGGCAGAUUAUACAACUGAUCAUGGAGUUCCUGCCGCUGGGCAGUCUGCGGGACUACCUACCAAAGCACCAUGUGGACCUCGGGCAGCUUCUCUUGUUCGCUCUGCAGAUUUGUCAGGGCAUGAACUACCUUCAGUCCCAGCGCUAUGUGCACCGCGACCUAGCUGCAAGAAACGUGCUGGUGGAAAACGAGAACGUGGUGAAGAUUGGCGACUUUGGGCUGGCGAAAGCCAUCCCCGAGAAUCAGGACUAUUACCGGGUUAAGGACGAUGGAGACAGCCCUGUGUUUUGGUAUGCCGUUGAUUGUGUGAAGGAAGGGAAAUUCAAUUUUGCUUCUGACGUCUGGUCAUUUGGAGUCACGUUGUACGAGCUGCUGACGUACUGUGAGAGUCGCCAGAGCCCACCUGCGAAAUUUAUUGAGAUGAUCGGAGUGACACAUGGACAGAUGACGGUGGUCCGAUUGAUCGAUCUACUGGAAAAAGGCAGACGUUUACCCUGUCCAAAAUUCUGUCCAAUGGAGAUUUAUGAUCUGAUGAACGAUUGUUGGAAAUCCGACCCAGCUGAACGACCCAAUUUCCACGAGUUGUCUAAAACAUUUCAGAAACUGUACGAGAGAUACAGAAAGAUUGAAACGUCAAGCAUUCUCCAGAAGUGAGAAACACUGAAAGCUUCCAACCAACCUUUGUCUUUCUUUAUUAUUCCCUCUGCUGCCCUCCUGAUCAACCCUGCCCCCAUCGAUCUCUCCCCAACAGAGGGCUGUUAACUGUUGCUACAGCAGCAAAAGCGAUGCCAAAUUGUGCACAGUCACCUCCCAUGGAUGGCAGAGAGUUUGUCUUGGUGUUUGAUCAUGGCUGUCUGUUGGCUGGGAUAUUGAUACAGCACCUCGGAGUUCUUCAAACUGUGCCAAGACACAGAGCCCAGGCCUUGAUAUUGUGUCUCAGUGCAAAGACUAAAAUAAUACCGGUCACAUUUGUAGCACUGGAAUCUCAUUUACAUCAUUGCUGUUCAAUGGAGAUUUUGAUGAAUUGUAACCAAGAAGUGUGACUGAAAAAGACUUCUGCCGAAGGUCAACAUUUUUAACUCCUUCCAAGUAUUCAGGGUGGGUGUAUGAGUAUCCUGAUUUCAAGACAAGUGCAAGGACACAUCGGCAUACAUCCUACACUUUGCUAACUUUAUCAGAGUUGAAAUGCCGUGGAUAAUUUAAUCUUGGGAAAUGCAGUUUGACUUUCCCUGUGAACAAUGCCUGUGAGGCUUAAAAGAUGUAAUUUAGUGUCUGAUAUAAUUUGCUAUGUCACACAACAAAACUGGUGUAGCAAUGUUUAUUUUCAGAACUAUGCCAAGAAUUCACUCUCUUACUUUUUAAUACUGUCAGUAUUUGUGUCUUAAAAAUGCUAGUAUAUAUGUACUUUAUAUAUUUUGAUUUAUGAUAUAUAAUGGACAACAAUUCAAUUUUGGGGCCUAUAGCUCUAAGGUUUAUAUUGUUGGGAAUUGAAAUUCGCCGCCAUCUUCUCUAAUAUUAGUACUGUUGCAUGUCUUUUCUGCACUAUCUCUGCCAAAUGAGGUUACCAAGCAUCACGUUGGAGAAGGGGAACCCUCGUUUGUUCCCUUGCCAGGGUUGCGAUAUGGCUGACCGCUGAAUGUGGAAUCUAUUUGUCUCCUCAUUAUAACCCUGCAUCGUGCUGCAGUCUAGAGUAUAUUCACAGAUGCAUCAGUGGCCUCAUCGUGCUAAGGUUACAUGAGCUGCAAGUUGAGAGAAGCCACGGAAGAUCGAUGAAGCCAGAAAACUCUUAAACAGAAGCAGAAGUCCCAACACCAUGAGUCGACACAGGUGACUGAGGGUCUAAACACCUGUGAAGGGAUUGAGCAGGCAGUCUGACCAGCACCACCUCCUGGGUUCUGGUACUGCACUUUUUACAGUGUUUCCACACCGUUCCACAACCACUGUUCUAUUAGUAUUCAAACACUUUAUAUCUUGCACGUCAAUGAAAAUAUGGAAAGGCACUUCACAAAUCAUGUUAGUACAAACUGAUAGUUGCACUUACUUCGUAUGAUAAAGAUGGAGUUGAUGAUACUCAUUGGGAAAGUUGGUUGAAAUCGUUACUGGGCUUAGUUGUGAUCUAGUUGUAAAACAGUGAAGCAGAGCAUGGAGGAGGGUUCCUCCCGUGCUUGAUCAAUGUGGCCACUGCUUAAUGUAGCUUUUGGGAAUUCUCCAAGCUUGGCUGGUUGUUGUGUGGUUGCUCCUGACUGGCCUGUUGUUGAUGGGCUGGCGUGAACUCUGGUCUUUUGGGUGUGGAACAUCUUCAGCAGAGUGCAACCAAGAAUGGAGCUGGCACUCUGUAAUUCCUUCAAGGAAGUUUAAUCAUUGAUCUUCAAAUAUCUUUCAACAGUUUGAGUUUAGUUUAUUGUCACAUGUACUGAGGUACAGUGAAAAGCUUUAGUUAUGUGCUGUCUAGUCAGCGGAAAGACAAUUCAUAUUUUUAAAACUGAGUCUCGAGAAUUUGUUUUUCAUCUUCGUACCCCUGUGUGGUUUAUCAGUCGCUCCAAACACAGCUCAAGCAUUGAAAGGAUUUUUGAACAGCCUCUUAAAUCAAGGCUGAAUGACACCUAUUAUCAUUCUCCAGGCUGAUUAGCCAAUUGGAUUGUGAGGCUGCCCAGCCAAGGAUGUCACGUUUGAAGAAGGGUUUCAAACCAAAACGUCACCUAUUCCUUUUCUUCAGAGAUGUUGCCUGACCCGCUCCAGCUUUUUGUGUCUUACAAGGUGGACAAUAUACUGUGCGGAAAAUCAGGUGAGGAACGAAAGUAAGAUGGAUGGCUUGUUCUCCACUUCUCCUCCCUUUGAUGCAUGGUGGACGAUCAUUUUAUAAGCCGUGACGUAUGCACAAAACUGCUUACUGGAACAGCAGAUGCUUCUCAAUCUCACCUUGCGCCUGGGAAGUCUUCCACGAUGCAAUUCAAGAAAAAAGCAACAAAUGGUGGAAUUACAGAGCAGACAUUUUGUGUUGAUCUUCAGCACAAAGAGAAGGAGCAGAGCCGCUGAUCUUGUGCUCAUUAUCGAGGACACUUUGAUUUGUUUUUUAUGACAGUGACUUAUUUGUGAGGACAAUGAGCUGAACUCUGCAGCGCAGGACGGCACGCCAGUUAGAAACUUGCUACGGUUUCUGAAUAAUUUGCAUUUAUAUACUAUCUCCUGUAUAAUAAAAUGCCAAAGGUAGAUAAUGGGCGUAUUAUAAAGCAAGCCACCGGUUGUUCAACAAGAACUUGAUUGUGAAGCAUUUGAACUGGACAAAAAAAAAGGCUUGAAAAUCACCAAAGAUAUAGAAAACUCAAAAUACCUUGUGACAUGCAGUUUGUUUUUAAUUGGAUGCACCAUUAUAUUUAGGGAUUGAUUGUCAAUGAUGGGAAUAAUGUAUGUCAUGUCGUAUUGCACAAGAAUGUGGCCAAUAUACUAUUUAAAACUGAUUAUUUCAAGUUCAGGUUGAGCACGGCAUAAACUAUUUUGGAAUACUGUGUGUGGAAGGCUUUGUGUACACAGAUUUGCACUUUGUAAAGGAAUGGGGCGAGUGAGUCCUUGGUCCGUGUUGGCCGGCUCCUCCGUCUAAUUGCCCACAAGGAGGUUCACCACCUGAGCCCUCAGAUACGUGGUUCACUGUUCCCACGAUGUCAUUGGGGAGGUUGCUCCAGGACUUUGGCCCAGUGAUGUGUAAUGGGCAGAUUCCCAGUUCAAAAUGGUGGGCAACUUGUAAAGGAUGGCCUCACCCUGCUGCCUGGCAAGUUCCUACAGUGCAUCUUGUUUGGCUUCACUCCAGACUAUGUUUUUUUUAAAAGAAGAAGCUGCUCUGCGACGUGAGGAACUCCUCGUGUACACUUGUCAUUGCUUUCCCUAAUGUGUAAAUCUCCUCUCACCUCUCAGAGCUUUGACUCGCACCCUGUACUUAUGGGAAGCAUUGAUAUUUCACCAGAUAGUUUUUUUUUUUUUGCAGAUGUAGUUAUGGGUUUCACAUGGCUAGCCAAACAUCAAAUAUCUGUGUAUGUGACAAUGUUGUAAAUGGGUAGCACGGCUGGGUUAUUUUAUUAUGCAGCAGGUUAAAUGAUCUUGCCAAUAUUUAGGAUAACGGGGCUUGAAUUUAAGAUGGAUGUGGGUUUAGGUUAUCUGCAGAUAUUCCUUGUCCAGCCUUAAUUGGAGCACGUACCAAUUCACGUCAUUUAUCAUGCAAUUACUUUAUUUUAUUCUGAUAACCAUAUUGUGUUUAUGCAUUGUAAUUAUUCUGCUGAAAAUAAUAAAUAUUCAUUGUCACUGUC